AUGAGUGGCCAUAGGGAGGAUUCUUAUAAAAGUGUUGAUAGAGAAGAUCGCUAUUCAAGAGGAUAUAAUCGUCAAUAUGCUUAUCGUGAUAGUAGAAGCCAUCGUCGUUCAAGGAGUCCUUACAAGUCUUUACAUAGAUCAGAACGCAAUGAUCUGAGUUCUUACUUGAAAGAUAAGAUGACUCGGUUGCAGCAAGGUUUAGAUGACAACAAUAGAGUCGACGAGAAGCAAAAAGAAAGCUCCCGUAGAGGUGAUCAUCAUUCAGAGGAAAGAAAGGAACGAUCGCGUCACCAUAGGCACCAUAGUGACCGCCGGAAAAAAGAUAAGGAUAAAAAGCACCACAAGAAACAUCAUCAUCAUGAUAAGGAUCGCAAAAGGUCUUCUCAUGAAUUGAACAAAUCUUCUGAACUUAGUGAUGUAGAUAUUACUGUGGAGGAAGAGGAUGAAGAGGCCCUUAUCGAGAGACGACGUCAGGAGCGUCAGAGACUGCUCGAAAAUCUUGGUUAUAAGACGAAUUCCCCUCCCUCUUCAGAUACUGAAGCAUCACCCAAGGAAGUCGAAGAAGAAUUUGAACUACUACCUGAAAACAGCCUAAUGAAGACGAAUACGAAACCUGUUUUCAAGUCAGAUUCAGCUAUUUUUGCAGAUGCUGUUGAUAGUUCUCCGAACGGACGUAUGUCUGGUACUCAAGCUCCGGCUGCUGUGGCUUUUCUUCAAGAACAUUCAUCGGCAAAAUUGCCUGAGAAUGCUGAACAGACUGAUGGUGGGAAAAAAUUCGCCUUUGAUAUAUUCUCGGGUGAGGUUCCUACUGCUCCAGCCAAUGGUGUGCCUGGAAUUAUGGAUCCAAGGGCCAUGGCUUCCGAAAAUCACGCUCUGGUCGACAAUUGGGAUGAUGCUGAGGGCUACUAUUACUUUGUGAUACAAUGGAGUAUUCGUGUUUUACUGUAUGAUAUUAUUCUGAGGUUUGAUGUUUCUUGUGGUUCAAUGACUGUAAUUGACCUUUCAGGUGUACGCAUUGGUGAGGUUCUUGAUAAUCGAUAUGCUGUCUAUGGUUACACCGGUAGAGGUGUCUUUUCCAACGUGGUUCGAGCUCGGGAUAGUGCGCGUGGACAUCUUGAAGUAGCCAUCAAGAUCAUACGAAAUAAUGAAGUUAUGCACAGGUCAGGUCUUCAAGAACUGGAAGUCCUAAAAAAACUCAACGACACAGAUCCACAGGACCGCUAUCAUUGUAUGCGACUCUAUCGGCACUUCUUCCACAAAAACCACUUGUGCAUGGUCUUUGAGUCUAUGAGCAUGAAUUUGCGCGAAGUUUUGAAGAAAUACGGACGAGAUGUAGGUCUAAAUAUAGCUGCUGUGCGUUCUUAUACCCACCAAAUGCUCCUAGCCCUCAAGUUAUUACGUAAGUGUAAUAUCCUCCAUGCCGAUAUCAAACCGGACAACAUAUUGGUUAAUGAGAAUAAAAUAACCCUCAAGCUCUCUGAUUUUGGAUCUGCUUGCUCGGUACUGGAGAACGAACCCACACCUUACCUCGUAUCGCGUUUUUAUCGUGCCCCUGAAAUUAUACUGGGUCUUCAAUACGAUUUCAACAUCGAUUUAUGGUCGACUGCUGUAAGCCUCUACGAACUCUACACUGGCCGAAUUAUGUUCCCGGGAAAGACUAAUAACGAAAUGCUCCGGUUGUUCAUGGAGACUCGAGGUCGCAUUCCUAAUAAGGUUAUCAGAAGAGGAUCUCUACGUGGUGCACACUUUGAUGAUCAAUGCAAUUUUCUCUAUCAUGAAAUUGAUAAGGUUACUCAGAAGCCAAAGACCUCAGUGAUCAGGAAUAUUCAAAUCACACGGGAUCUUCUUGGUGACCUUACAGCGGACAGUCAAUUGACUCCAGGUCAAUUGAAGAAGGUACAGCAGUUCAAAGACCUUCUGGAUAAAUUACUAAUGCUUGAUCCAGCUAAGCGGAUUGCUCUUAAUGAUGCUCUUAAUCAUCCGUUUAUUAAGGAGCCUAUUAUCGAAGACAAGGAAUGA